AUGGCUGAAGAAACAGACCAAUCUUCGUUUGCUAGCAUCCUUGCCGGGGUGCAACGCAUGCGUGAGCAGUAUGGGGAUCUGGAACAAAAGCUGGAUGAUGUGGUGGUGGAAAGUAGAAAAAGUUUGCCACUGAUUGAUAAGCAGCCAGUACCAAUAACCUUCACUCCCCCCCAUGUUUCAGAAAGAGCACCCCCUGUUUCAGAAAAAGCACCCCCUGUUUCAGAAAGAACACCACUUGUUUCAGAAAGACCAAUUAGAACUUACUCCCCAGUGGCAAGAGGAGGACCUGCCGUACAAACAUCGUCUGUCAUUAAAGUAUCAAGUAAACAAAAGGGGAAUCCUCUCUUACAAGCGCCAUCAAUGAAAACGAAACGGUGGACGUAUGAUGACACCAUUGUAUCCGAUUAUUAUAUCAAUCCGACCCUUCAAUAUCUAUUCCUUCUGCUUAAAUAUCAUAAGCUCCGUCCUGAGUACAUAGAUCAACGACUCAAGGGGAUCAACCGCGGGACCUCGGGGGCACUGACUUCAUCCGGAACAGAUCGAUCAUUACGUAUUCUCUUGGUGGUGGUGGACAUUGACUCACAUCAGGAAGUGCUCCGCGAAUUGACGGUCAAAUGUGUGCGGUCAGACAUGUCGUUAGUAUUGGCAUGGUCAUACGAGGAGGCUGCUAAUUACAUUUGCUUUGGGAAAGAUCACGAGCUCAUAGCUUCGCGUGUUGACACGACUGCGAUUCGAGGGGUACAAAGUGAUGACUACCGGUCGUGCAUUGUCAGCAGCUUGACGAGCAUUCGCGCGGUCAAUAAGACCGACGUGGUUAAUUUGCUCGCCAAUUGCAAAUCAUUUGAGAAAAUUGUCAAAGAGAGUUGUAAGGGAAAAGAAUUGGGCAACAUACAAGGGUUGGGGGCAAGAAAGGUAGAGAACAUGAAACUGGUCUUUCUGGAACCAUUCAUCUAUAACAAGGAGUGGUAGAGUCUACAUUCCUGCUAAACAAGACGUCUAAGAGGCAUAAAGAAGAAGUUUUGUACAGUGACGGUCCAUGAGGGAGGGCCCCGUGGAGGGUCAAACUGGCUCAGUAGGUAGAAAAGAACCGGGCUACUCUAUGGGGAUGCAAGCCGCUACACUGUCAUUCCGUGCGCCACUAGCCCUAGGGGCUCUAACAAUGAAGUGCUGGUGAUCUCCUCGAAGAGGAGCUAGGCUCCACGCAGUGGCUCUCCCCGAGCGGGGGCCAGCGGAGCGUCACCGUGACCCCGUAGGGUGGUACUACCCGCUUCCCUGCGGGACUGCAAGCCGCUCCGCUGGCACUCCGUGGGCCACUAGCCGUGGAGGCCCUGUUCCUCUGCCGAGGAAACGCCCGGAGAGACAGUGAGCACUCCUCGAAGAGGAGCUAGGCACCACGCAGUGGCUCUCCCCGAGCAGGGGCCAGCGGAGAGUCACCCUGACCCCGUAGGGUGGUCCUACCCGCUGCCCUGCGGGACUGCGAGCCGCUCCGCUGGCACUCCGUGGGCCACUGGCCGUGGAGGCCCUGUUCCUCUGCCGAGGAAGAUUUGACAGACAGAUGUCUCCUCGAAGAGGAGCUAGGCACCACGCAGUGGCUCUCCCCGAGGAGGGGCCAGCGGAGCGUCACCCUGACCCCGAAGAGUUCGAAGGAUUACGGGGUUAGUGCCAUGACUCACUUCCUCGAGAAAGGGCCAAUGAGACUUCAAAACGAUCCAACAUCCUCCUUAAUGGGAGAACCACGAGAGAGGGCCUCUCGCUAAGGAGGCACCAGUCUCGGCAUUACGUCAUUGGCUAAAUCCUGCAGGACUUCCUUCCCUUUCUUCGAGUAAUUCUUCAUGAAGACCUUCUGACUCUGAAAAGGAAGUGGAUGCGAAAAAUAAAUCACCCACACUGUGUGGAGGCGCGCCACAGUGGAGGCAAAAAGAUUCUUAAUUGGGGGAGAAUGCGGUUGUAUGGGGCCAAUAGUGCGAUUUCGGAAUUAAGAAAACCUCUCGAACCCGAGUGCAGUACUCUUUCCUAAUGUAGGUAUCAAUAAUUUCGCUGCAAAGUGAGGCUGCGUUUAUAUGGUAGUUGCAAAAAAACAUUCAUAUCAAAUAGAUCAGUCCAGGUCUUCUUGUAGCCAUGCCUCAGAGUCUCAACACACACACACACACACAUACUCUCUCUUAGAAACUGGGGAAGCGUGAGCCGCAGAUUCCCCUGAACCCUAACUUUAACACAUGCUCCCCUCUACAUGUACGUCUUAAAAAAUAUUCACGUACUUUCUCUACAACCUUCUGCACUAAUUAAAAACGUUUAUUACUAAAAUCUGCACCCC